ACCCCACACCCCCAAAAACUCACACACAAAACACCUUCUUUUUCUCUGUCUUAAAGAACCUUUCUUUCAGUGAGGCUUUGGCCCCUAAGGUUGAAAUGAUAAAGCUCUAAUCUUUUUCUUCAGUUUUAUAAGGAUCUUACCUUCUUCAAUGUUCUUACCAAAAUAACCAUCUUUGUAUUUCAUUAAUAUUAAUUUUACUUACUUUUUUUUUUUUUUUUUUUUUUGUGUGUGUGGCUAAUUCUCCAUGAUUCUUGAAAAGAUGUAAUUUUUCAAGAAAGGGGUUCUUGAGGAGAUGGGGGUCUGAGCAGGAAUGGUAGCACAAGCCCAUUGUAAAGGCUACGUACCAGCUUAUUACUCCAUGAGCUACCUUAGCGAGGAUUUAAACAAUAGAUGGCCCCUACAUUAUGGAGAGAAAAUCUUCACAAACGCUCAAUACUGUAAUGGUUUCAUGCCAAGGACUACGAUAGAUUCAGAUCCUGGAUAUGAUAAGGAUGUUCUAAAGCAGAAAAUACUUGAACACGAGGAAACAUUCAAGAAUCAGGUAUUUGAACUUCAUCGCCUUUACAGAACUCAGAGGGACAUGAUGUAUGACAUUAAAAGGACGGAAUUGCAUAGACCUUGGACAUCAAUGGAGCCAUCAUCUUCAUCAAACAUUCUUGGAUCCCAUCUACUACCUAAAGAUGCUUGGAAAGGCCAUACCAACAGCUUCCCCUUUGCAAAUUCAAGUUAUGCUAGACCAUCUAUGUCUGGUACUGAAAUUGUAAAUUCUCCAUUCAGUUCUUCAAAAGCGAAUGAUGUACAGUCUGGUCACGGUCAAAUGCAUAAUGGUUGCUCUUCAAAGAUCUGUGAAUCUUUGGAUGCCAGGCCCUCAAAAUUACGGAAGAAGAUGUUCGAUCUUCAACUUCCAGCUGAUGAGUACUUAGAUACUGAUGAAGUUGAGCAGUUGCGAUAUGAUGAAGGAUCGUUCUAUCCAAGUUCCCGUGCUAAUGGAAAUGAUAAAGUUUCCCAAGAGAGUUGUACAAGAUUAUUCCCUGGUGCUGGUACAAAGAGUGAUAAAAAAGAUGCUUCAGCAUCCCAUUCGUGUUUCAGAAGCUCAGUCAGGUUGGCUGAUCUCAAUAAACCAGCUCAGCCUGAAGAAGCAAUCUCAUUGCCUGUUGAUUUUCUUGGAUAUGGUAAUAGUCAUAAGGAGACAAGAAGGCUAAAUGCUUCCGCUAAUUCAAAUCCAGCAUUUGUGGCUUUGCCUAGAGAAACCACAUGGAACUCCCAUCAUACAAGCCUUAGUAAAGGCAAAGAGAGGGACUGGUUCCCUUCCACAUAUGAAACAGGUAAAGUCGAAGGUAGCUUGACUCCAGUACCUCAUAGUUUUUCACACAACAAGUUCCCUACACCACGCCAACUGGCACAAGUAAUGCUUGAUAAAGCCUUUCUACGUCCUGGGGUUCAAUCACCUCACUAUUUCAAGGAUGACCUAUGGAAAGAGAGAGUGGGGCAUGGUCCAGAGACCUUCCACGGAAAUCAUGAGAAGUCCGAAUAUACCUAUGGGAGACCAUUUAUCACUUCUCGGACAGCUAGUCCAUAUCCAUUCGCUAAUUCCUCAGAGUUUACCGAUUCAUGGUCGCACACACUCUCUUCUUGGGGUAAACCAAGUGGCUUUGCUGCAAGGCUAUCAUCAGGACAUACAAACCCGUCAUUGAACUCAUGUGCCAUGGUUGGUAAGAGCCCGAAAUCACCUCAAUGCCAUGAUAUUUUUGGAGACAAGUGGCAUAUUGAUGGCAGUUCUAGAUCAAAUUUAGGUGAGGCUACUAAUUUCUCCAUCAGGAAUGGGUUUUACCAUGGGUCCUCAUCUGGGCCCAAAGAAUCAACCCGUUGGUUCUCUGUUGCUUUUGACUCUGAGAAGCAAAACAAGAGUGACAAUUUGACAUCUGACCGCUCCUUUAACAAUGAAUGUGAGAAAUUUCCUAUUACCUCCAAUAAUAUGGACUUGAUAUCAGAAAAAGGUUUCGAUUUGAAUGUACUAUCAAAGGAUUCAGUAAAUGAGGAACUUGCCAGCAGGGAUCUUGAGUUGGUUGAUGAAAAACGAGAGCCUCAAGACUGUAAACCAGUGUUGCCGUGGCUUAAAGCUAAACCAAGUUUCAAAAAUGAGAGUACAGAUACCAUGAAUGGAAUGGUUGAAGCCUACACAAACUCACCUAUCUGUGGAAAUGGCCCAUUGGAAAGUUUCAGCGACGUCUGCAAUGCGCAGAAUAUUGCACCAGCAAUGAUAGAUCUUAACAUGAAGGCCACAAAAGAGUUGGGGGAAACCCGAAGUGUCAGGAAAAUUCUGGGGGCUCCAAUUCCUGAAAUUCCAUGUGCUUCCAAAAAUGAGUCGUCUUCAUUUGUUUCCACAUCUGCUACUCUUUGUUCCUCACCCAUAGAAGAAAAUAGCAGACACGAAGAGAGGAGAAUAGUGAUUGACAUUAACAUAGCUUGUGACCUUUCUAUGGUUGAGCCCGAGAAACAGGUUGUCAUGGAAGCAGUUGUUGCUGAGACAGCAAUGGAAACAAAAGCUACCAUUAUCAGAAAUUCCUUCGAUUUGAACUCAUGUAUUACUGAAGAUGAUGAUUCAUUCUUUGUCGAAAGCGAUAAUGUCAGUGUGAGGACUGUCGUCGAGAUAGAUUUGGAAGCUCCUCCUGUUCUGGAAACUGAGCUAGACAAUUUGUCUAAAGAAAAUGGCAAACAAAAAGAAGCAUCGUUGCAGUUGCCUGAACACAAACCUGAGCAAACACAGGAUGAAGUUGUCAGGGUCGCAGCGGAAGCUAUAGUUGCCAUUUCAUCAUCCAGUCAAAUAGACACCAUCUGCAGUGAUCCAUCUGAUAAUCCUCUGGGAUCCCUAGGUUGGUUUGUUGGCAUAGUCGUUUCUUUUGAGAGUGAACUUGAGAGCAAGUCUAAAGAAAUAAUAGUCGAGGAUGCUAUGAUUGUUGCGCGACCUACUACUACCAUGGAGAUGGAUUACUUUGAGGCAAUGACAUUGCAGCUAGAAGAGACUAAGGAACAAGACUACCUGCCCAAGCCUUUUGUUCCUGAAGUCCAACCAGUGGAAGAUGCAGGAGCCACUUCACUAACAAACCGAACCAGAAGAGGACAAGGAAGGUGGGGAAGACAGCGGAGGGACUUUCAAAGGGAUAUCCUUCCCGGAUUAGCUUCCUUGUCAAGGCAUGAAGUGACUGAAGACAUUCAGACCUUCGGAGAGUUGAUGAGAGCUACAGGUCAUUCUUGGAACUCGGGAUCGAAGAGAAGGAAUGGAGGUACGAGGGGAAGGCGGAGGAUGGUGAUUGAGACCACCCCUGUCACUGUGUCAACCCCAUUAUGCCCUCCUCUAAAGCAGAAUUUGAGUAACAUUGUAUCCAGUUUGGAGGACAAAAGCCUAACAGGGUGGGGGGGGAAGACGACUAGACGUCCGAGGAGGCAAAGAUGCCCUGCAGAUCAUCCUCCUGCUGUCCCAUUUACUAAAACUAUGUGAAUGAGGCUUUAAUUCAUCACCUUCAUGAUUAUUACAACACAUUAGGGACUUUGUUUAUGAAUUUCAGGUGUGAAGUUGUUAGCUAUGGGUUUCCUUGUACAUGUUUUGGUAGCACAUAAUUUGAGACACCAUCAUGAUGUGAUGUCCAUUGGGUUAUUGAUUCUGUAUUCAGCAUAAUGUCUUCUGGAUCAACAGCACUCCCAAAUGCAUCUUUUGGAUUUAUUUAGAAAAGAAUCAUAUAUUCAUGUCAAUGGAAGUAUUAUGGAA